AUGGAAAUUUCAAGAAAAGCAUAGUUUACUAUUUUUAAGAAAAAAGGAGCAAGCAUUUAGACAAUUGAAACUAUCGAACCUACAUUCAAGAAAUAAAUUUCUCCAUAACAUACUCAUCGUCUCUUUUAAUCGACUCAAUCGUCUAAAUCCAUGGUUAUCAACAAGGAUAAAGAAAAAUAAAGAAUCAAAUAAUUGCUUGAGGAAAAUAUGAAGUUGUUAGAACAAUGCUCUGAGAAGGAUUUGUAGAUUGGAAGAUUGAAAGCAAACGCGCAAAGAAACUUAGAUUUGAGAACCUAAAGAGUCUAAACUCUCAAUAAUUUGAAACCAAAUGAAAAAAAGAACUGUUACUUCGACAACUAAAAAACAUAAAAUAUUUCAGACUUAGAAUAAAAUGAUGAUAAGCAACUUUUCACUUUUUAUAGUCCAGAACAAAAAUAAGUAUCAUAAACAUUCAAGCUCCCUAAAGUUUUCAGAGCAUUUCCUAAGCAAAAUAGAUAUUAUAUCUGA